AUGCCGCGGCCGGGGAAGAGCUCGUACAGCGACCAGAAGCCGCCUUACUCGUACAUCUCGCUGACCGCCAUGGCCAUCCAGCACUCGGCCGAGAAGAUGCUGCCGCUGAGCGACAUCUACAAGUUCAUCAUGGAGCGCUUCCCCUACUACCGCGAGCACACGCAGCGCUGGCAGAACAGCCUGCGCCACAACCUCUCCUUCAACGACUGCUUCAUCAAGAUCCCGCGGCGGCCCGACCAGCCCGGCAAGGGCAGCUUCUGGGCGCUGCACCCCGACUGCGGCGACAUGUUCGAGAACGGCAGCUUCCUGCGGCGCCGCAAGCGCUUCAAGGUGCUGCGCGCGGACCACGCGCACCUGCACGCGGGGAGCGGCAAGGGCGCGGCGGGCGCGGGGCCCCGGGGGCCGCUGCACGCGCACCACGCGCACCACCCCCACCAGCACCAGCACCACCACCAGCACCAGCACCACCACCAGCACCACCCGCCGCCGCCGCCGCCGCACAUGGUGCACUAUUUCCACCAGCAGCCGCCCCCUGCGCCGCCACCGCCGCCGCCACACCUCGCGCCCCAAGCCCCGCCGGCCCCGCAGUCGCAGGCGCAGGCGCCACCGCCGUCCCACCCCGGCAAGGUGCACGAGGCUGCGGCCGUGGCGGCGGCGGCGGCGGCGGCGGCGGCGGCGGCCGUGGGCAGCGUGGGGCGCCUGUCCCAGUUCCCGCCCUACGGACUGGGCUCGGCAGCCGCCGCCGCCGCCGCCGCGGCCUCCACGUCCGGCUUCAAGCAUCCUUUCGCCAUCGAGAACAUCAUCGGCCGGGACUACAAGGGCGUGCUGCAGGCCGGCGGGCUGCCCUUGGCGUCCGUCAUGCACCACCUGGGCUACCCGGUGCCGGCCCAGCUCGGCAACGUCGUCGGCUCCGUGUGGCCGCACGUGGGCGUCAUGGAUUCGGUGGCCGCCGCCGCCGCCGCCGCGGCGGCUGGGGUCCCCGUGGGCCCGGAGUACGGAGCAUUCGGGGUGCCGGUGAAGGCCCUGUGCCACUCGGCCAGCCAGGGACUGCCGGCUGUGCCCGUGCCCAUCAAGCCCACGCCAGCGCUCCCGCCCGUGACCGCGCUGCCGCCACCUGCGCUCGCUGUCCCCGCGGCGGCCCAGCAGCCGCCGGCGCCGUCCACCGUGUGCUCCGCGGCGGCCGCAGCCUCGCCCGCAGCCCCGCUGUUGGAGACGUCGGCCCCGAGCGCCGCCGAGAGCAAGGGCGGCUCCCUGCACUCAGUGCUAGUGCACUCUUAGGGGUUCGGGGUACAGGGACGCUGCUGCGAGGCUGCACCGACUCCCCCUCAAGAAGAGGGUGCCCAGGGAGCCGGGCACAGCCGGGAGCCCCAACCGGGCGCCCAAGGAAAGUGUAGGACAGACGAGCAGAUCCGAAAAGUGCUCUCUCGGGUGGUGACCCUGGAAAAGUGCACCCUCCGGGUGGCUGUUUAUACUGAGUUGUACAAUCAGAUUAAUGAAAGCCUUUCCAGGUAAGAGUUUCUAUUGUAAUUAUUAUGAUCAAUAAAUUAUGGGGGAAGGGAGCAAGGGAGGUUGGGGAAGCCUCAUUCGCUGGCACAUCGGACAUGGGUUCUGACCCCAUUCCUGGGAGCUGCAGCUGGAUGCCGACCCUCCCCCGAAAAAUCAAGCGGUGACGCCAGCCGGAUCGCGCCUACCAAUGUCCCCUCUCGGCCCGGGUCCUCCUGGCCAGGCAGCCGGCUCCAGUGCACGUCCACCCACCGAGGAAUUCUCGUUGCGGAUAAGAAAAAGGAGAGGGUGCCUUUGAUGCGGUCACUUUUCUGGUCAGCUAAACGGGGCGGACACGGUGUCUCGAAUACAGUCGCUGGGGGGGGGGGUGACGGACUGAGGAAAGGGCUCUGGGAAAAGUACACUUCUGGGGUCUGACCUUCGGGUCGAGAAGGAUCGGAGGAGCUGCUAAUGCAAUUAGUUUGCACGAAAGAGAACGGCAGCGGCUUUCAAAGCAAGGCCCCAAUUCCAAAAGUAAAAGUUUGGAGGAACACAACCAAAGAGAGACGGUGGAAGCGGCUUUCACCAGCCAAUCGCCUGGGUGUCAGUCGCCUGAGAGCCUGGGUGAGGAGCCCAAGAAUGCACUGAAUUCCCACGAUCCGUUCCCUUUGCGAUGUUAAGGGGGAGAAGUCACCCCUAAUUCACGAACGCACGACAACCCUGCCGCAGCACCCGACAGCCCUGCGUCCGUCGGUGGCGGCUCCCUCCCAGGCUCCCCGCACCUUUGCGCUCAGAGGGGCCCUCCCUGUCUUUCAAGCGAAUUCUUCAGUCUCAGUUUGUGAGUGGAAAAGAAAUCUGCCUUGUCGCUGUCACCCUUCCCCAAUU